UGGUGGAUACCCCAUCCAGGACCAGAGCCACCGCAAUGCCAUCGCAAAUCCACUCGACACGCACCUGCGGCUGUGACGAACACGACGGUCAUGGUCGCCGCCGCGACUUCAGCGGAGGAUACGCGAAAAUUGCCAUUUGCUGCCGCUUUAAAGGAUUUGCUGCAGAACCUGUCCUUUCAUUGUUAUGGCAAAUUAGUCGAGCACGGCCGUCGCAUUCAGGAGCGCUUCUUCUGGCUCAUUUUCCACAUAACUGCCCUGAGCGUUCUAAUUGCAUUCCUCUGGGGGACCUACAAGAACGAGGUCCAGGACACUCUGGUCACCACCAUUUACCAUCCGCUCUAUCCCAUUUGGAAGGUGCAGUUCCCGGCGAUAUCCGUGUGCUCCUUUAAUCGCAUAUCCGAGCGGGCUGCCUGGCGUUAUGCCCAAGAGCUGAGCGGCAAGGAUCCCAAGGAGCGCGACGCUAGCUUCUUCUAUGAUCAGCUGAAGGAAUUUUUGAAUUUAUUCUACAAUCCCCAUGGGACAACGGAUAUUGACAAUGCGCUGCGCUUUCAGAGCUUUCUCGAUAAAUUCGAUGUCGAGGCAAAUGAGCUCUUCUUCAAUACGAGAAGGCGCAUGCAUCUCCUCACACCCAACUGCAGCGACAUGUUUGUAUCCUGCCGGAUUGCAGGACGUACCUUCGAUUGUCUCCAGCAGUUCGAGGAGACCCUCACAAGUCAUGGCUACUGUUGCACGUUCAACUAUGAUGGAAGGUAUGUCAACAAGCCGGACUUUCGACAGCGUUACUUUGGACCCGAAAUGGGCCUUGUACUGACUCUAAAGUCACUGCCAGGCGAUAUUUUCUACAAAGAGAAUCCAAAGAAGGGUUUUACGAUUUCCAUUUAUGAGCCACAUAGCUAUCCGGAUCCGUUUUCCGGUGGAGUGGCCGAAAGAAUGGCCAAGACGGGCGUGAACACCUUGCUGCCCAUAAAGGCCAAGAUCUUUGAAACAGUGCCAGAAGCCCGCAGGAUGAGUAAGUCGGUGCGCAAGUGUCUCUUUGAGGACGAAAUGCCAUGGAUCUUUGCCCGUCGCUAUACCUUCAGCAAGUGCAUCUCCGCCUGCCGGGCACGAAGUGUUGUCAGCCUGUGCGAGUGCCUUCCCUUCUCACUGCCCCUGCGGUACAUCGGUGGGAAUGAGAGUCGGCUCUACUGCACGCUACAGCAUGUCGAGUGCCUCAAACGCUACGAUUUUAAAUGGUUGAAUGUCAUCACCAGUCGCGAGAAUGUCACUGGCCUGGAGCACGAGAUGCAGGAUGCCCUCUACUGUCCGCAGUGUCUGGCCUCUUGCUCGGAGACGCGCUACAGUGUGCGCGGUUCCAUGACUUUGGCCCUGCCGAGCACAUCGAAGUCCCCGCCGCGAAGCAUCCUUGGACCUACUGGCAAUAACAGUUACGGCCAAGCCAACGCCAACGCCAACGCCAACUCGAACUCAUCCUCUCAGUCGGAGAUGACUGUGGUUCGAAUUUAUUUUGCCGAAACGCACAUUCAAUACUUUCGCCAGAUUAUUAAGAGCGCCUGGUACGAGACCUUCAGUACAAUUGGCAACAUCUGCGGCAUUAUAGCGGGCUUCUCAUUGAUUGGCAUCUGCGAGCUGUUGUUUUUUCUAGCCAAACAAUUAUGGCAGGGCUGCAAAGCGGAACUGAGGGCAGAACUCGCACACAUCCAAUGUCGGAAGGAGCACCAGCACCCCACUGGGGGUACAGAGCAGCAGCGGCAGCACCAGCUCCACGCAGUAGCAGGGGAACAGGAGCCAAUGGAGUUGUUUAUACUGCCGUAAUUGAGCGAAAUGCAUCGUUAAUUUUAAAGCUCAGUGAUUUUUAUGCACAUCCUUCUGUGUACUCCGUUGAUCGACUUCCAGCUGGAUGGGGUGUGGAGUGUGGAGUGGAGCACACUGUAGUGGACUGUGGAGUCCGACUCAAGUGCACUUACUUUGCAUGGUCAUUGUCACAUAAAAAUAAACAGCGAGCCUCCACGUACGAUUGGCAAUUGGUGGACUGGGAGGACUGGGAGUGGCAUGGCUUGAAGAGUUGCCAAAAAGGCCCAGACGGUGACAUUAGCGCCAGCAGUUGCUACAUUCUUUCUGGCCAUUUGCCCACUUCGGGGUCAACAGCGAAGCAGUUAUGGACCACAGAAUACACGGGCCUCCAGUUCCUGGUCCCGGUCCCGCCCCAGCACUUACAAUCAGCAUUAUCUUUUAUUUUUCGUAUGCAGAGUUGGCAGAAACAAACAGAACAAGAUGUGACACACCAGCAGCUGUUCGCUGUCGGCCAUCCUGAGACCUUUGCCUGAAAUCAAUGUUCUGAAAUCGAAUCUAAAUUGGGAAUGGGAAUCAGAAUCAGAAUGGGAAUGGCAAUCCACCCAUCUCUUGUGACAAUUUCAAUUUCAAGUAUUCUUCUCGAAUUACGUUUAUCUGCCAGUUAAUUUAUUGGGUUCUCAAGAAACUCUGCUCUGCGCUAUUUCAAGCAUAAACAAUUUGUAUUUACUUAGUCAGCAAUGGAAAUUUAUUUGCUAUUCGUUUG